AUGGCGAUGGCUCUGACCGCGCUGCCCCUCACGGUGACUCCUUCUUCUCUCGUCAAGGGCAACGUGGCGGCCCAUGCAUGGACCGAGCCAGCCGACACUGACGAGGCAGCUCAAUGCCUCGUUUCCAUGUCUUCAUCCAACAACAGCACCAGCCAUACAGGCAAGCAAAGCGACGUGAUUGCAAGCCUCGCUACGCCGACGCCCGCCCGCGCCCCACAUAGCAAACCCGACCGUCUGUCGCUAGCGUGCAAUCCAUGUCGCAAGCGCAAGGUACGCUGCGAUGCACACCAACCCAAGUGUCACAACUGCAUCCGGCGCGGCGAUGUGUGCGUCACGUCGGAUCCACGAAAGGCUGGCGCACCGCCUGCGGUACGCCAGAAGGCCACUCGACGUCACACGGGUCCGUCGCUGAGUGCACUCCAACGCGCUCGCGAAGUUGAACAGAAGGAGCAGCGACAGCUCUUGCUUCAGUCUCGGCGCGAUCAGUGGUCUGUCGGAUCCACAGGCACGCCCGACGGCAUCGAAUCAGAACUCGAUGAUGAUGAGCCUGUUGAACAAGACCAAGAUGACGACGUCGACCUGUUCGGCUCUGACCUGGUUUCGGACCCAAUACAAGACCGACAAACACAGCCCAUCAGCGCCGCUUCUCUACAGAGUCCGCGUUCGAUCGGAUCGAGCUCUACACUUCAUAGCAGCACGCCACUUGUCGAACUCGUUCGAUCUUCAAGCGCCUCGCUGAUCAGGACUCGCAACAGAAACAACAGCAGCAGCAACACGGGCGGUGACACCGAACUUCCUACGUGGGUGUCUCGAGCUUACAAGGAAGUCUCUGCGGCGCACGCCCCAAGCAUCGAUCAGCUACAGACAAGCACAGAGCACGACGAGCAACAGCAGCCGCAUUCGACGGUAGCCACGCCGGAUGUGGUCAUCAACACAGACGGAUCGCCGAACCGAUUCAAGGUGCUGGGAGGCAGCAGCCUACAGUACCUCUUCAAAUUUACAGACGUCUGUCUAGCCAGCUAUGGGUUCGACGCAACAGCGCCGCUCUUCAGGCACGGCUUGACUCCGAGCGACGACUUUGUGAUGCCCCUCUUUCCGACGCUACCAGAUCUGCCGGCACAGCGCGUACUGUCGCACUGCAUCGACAUUUUCUUUGCUCGUGUCUGGCCCGCGUUUCCUGCUCUCGAUCGCGACGCAGUGCAGGCGGAAGCGGAUCUCUUGCUGGAAUUGCAAGCCGAGGAGCCCUCAACCUUGCCCUCCACGGCGCGACCAGCCGAGAGCUUGCAGAGCAAAGUGCGGUCGAGCCAGGUGCCCGGUCUGGUCGUACUCUACGCGAUCAUCUGCAUCGGUCUCCACGAGACGUCGCCGGCAGAUCCCGUACUGGAGCAGGUGAGGCGCAAUGCGGCCCCGUAUCUGACGGCGUGCUACAGUCUGCACGCGCAUCUCACUGCGAUGCCAUACCAAUCGAGCGUUCAAGCGCUGCUGCUGGUCGCUCUCGCGCUCCGAGCCUGUGGCAAAGACGGUCAAGCAUGGUACAUUUUGGGUCUAGCGCUUCGACUCGCCAUGUCGCUCGGUCUUCACAAGAGUGUCGAAACGCCUCAGCAACGUGGUCUGCCGCCAAACAGCUCGGCGAGCCUUCGACGACGCCUUUGGUGGUCGUGUUUCUCGCUCGAGAGGCUGCUGCAGCUGGAAAAUGGUCGUCCGUCCAGCAUCGACUCGACGCAAGAUUACGGGUCCCUGGACGCCAAUCUCACCAUACGACUGCCUGGGUUCGGACUUUGGCGGCCUGGUCAGACGUCGGACAGCGAUAGCAGCCCCAACAGUGACGAACAAGACCACCACGUGGUGAGUCCGGAAGAGGCAGAAGCGUACGACCUACCCGAGCAAAGAACGAAUCGCCUGUUCACCGCAUGGGUCUCACUCUCGGCCAUCAUGGGCCAGAUCUCGGAUCGCUUCUACAAUCAUCGCUUUGGUCAUGCCACCGAGCUGCUCGGUGAGACGGCAAGGUUGGCGCAGUGUCUGACCAAAUGGGAGGCGAGUCUACCGCCAAGCCUCAAACCGGGAAGCAGCUCUUUUGCGGGCAACGUGGAUCACGCGCACGUCGCCAUCGCCUUUCUGGCACAGCAAUACUACCAUGCCAAGAUGGCUGUGCUGCGAAUCGCCAUUUUGUUCCCCCCGCAAGGUUUCCAGAAAGAAGUGCAGAAGCGUGCGCUCGAGCUUGCCGACAUUGGACAGCUGCUGGGAGCUGCAUCGCAGUGCGUCGGUGCAGCGCGCAGCCUGAUCCAUCUGAACCUGCAGCUGGCGGAUUCUGGGAUUCACUCGACGCUCGUGGGAGUGCAGCAGAUCUUCUUGGCCAGCAUUGUACUCGCGCUCAGCAUCUUGCGCAGUCCACGCAGCAGGCUUGUUCGCUCAGAUGUCGAGUUGCUCACCGAAGCUACAAGUCAUGUCGAAAGCUGCUACGAGUCAUGGGGCUACCCUGCUGCUUUCUUGACCAUCUUUUCGAGGCUAAGAGACCGAACUACGGCCAUCUCGAGAGGGCAGGCACUGCCCAUUGCGCCGCUGUCGUCGCUCAUUGCCAACGGAAAUGCCGCCAUGCAGGCCAAGAGUCGAGUCGCAUCCGCGCACCACAGCCGAAGAACAAGCCACAUUCACGGAUCUCAAGCAUGGAUCGGCGAGGCUGCCACUCCAGCUGGAAGAGAGGACAUUUUACUGUCAGACGAGCAGUCACAAGAACCUACCCAUCAUCAGACCGAAGCAUGUUCGAAAGAGGUACACGCGGAACACUCGAUAUCGGCAUCCUUGUUCGCCAACAGCAACGGGCUCGACGGUAGCAACGCAGGCUCAGGCGGCGUACUGCCAUUCACGAGCGAGACAGGCAUGGAAGCUUUCACCAGCAUGGACUUUGAGGACUUUUGGGACAUGCUCAAGGCCGACAUCUUCAUGUAA